AUGGUCGAUCCGAGUCUCUACAGUCCUUUUGAAUCAGAAUCUCCGAGCAAUUUGAUAACUUCUGAAUUGGAUUGUUUCUACAGCAACGACAUCUACAACGGCCAAAAUAUGUCUGGCUUCAAGAAACCAUCCAACAUCAGCAAGAUGAACACCGACCUGACGUCGAUCAAGCUUGAAAUUGACACUAACUCGGAUGCUUUCUCGCCCGAUAAUUCGGUUAGUGUGUACAGCAGCGGCAGUCAGAAGGCUGGUCUAAUUAGUCCUUCUGUUGAAAAUCUUACCAUGGAUAAAUGUGUUGAGUAUUUUACACUGUCAGGUAACAACAACAAUGUUGCCAACAUCAAUAAUAACAUCAUCGCCAAAUAUGUCCCAGAUGACAUUAACAAAAUUAAAGCAGCUAAAAUGUUCACUGUUGAUAACAUCAACGCCGCCAGCAACAAUAAUAACGUUAACUACAACAAUCUCAUUCAGGAAAUCCAAGAAACAAAAUGUGACCCUUCAAAGUUGAGUGAACUGACGUCUGAAAUGUUGAGCAUGCCACCUGAGGAGUACGAUUACUUUGGCCAGGACUCGUACAUUCAACCAAACAACGUGGACUUGUUCGACGGGGAGCUACUCAACUUUCAACACAACUACCAAAAUGGCUACAACAACAUCUCUGAUGAUAAUGUUGUUGUUGUAAACAGCAAUAAUAGCAACAUUAACAGUAAUGCUAAUGCUUAUAAUGGCUAUAUUAUCAACACCCAAAACAACAAUAGCGCUCACAAUGACAACAGUUUAACCAACAAUGAAACUAACAACAACAACAACAUUAAUAUGUACAGCAACAACAAUAGCAGCAGUCAUGCAAAUACAUUCCUGAACUACACAAAUCUUCAGCAACAUGACUUUCAAACCAGCAACAACAUCAACAAUGGCAACGGUUGCAUCGUUAUCAGCAACGACAACCAAAACAACACACUCGUCAAUAACAACAGCUUAUCAAGCAACAACAUCAUCAUCAGUAGUAACAACAACAACAUCAGUAACAGCAAUAACAUCAACUUGGUGAACCUCGGUGAUUCAGAUGAUCCGCAUAUUCUGACACUGAAUGUGGAAGACCUGAAAUGUUUGCUGGAGAACACUGGAGAUCGAUUCCUACUUGAAAUCAUCGGCGACCAGUUAAUCUUCAAUACCAACAGCAAUGGGAAUAACAGCAUCGCUUUUGACAUCAACAACAACUCAAUCAUUAACAACGACAACAACAACGCUAACAGCAUCAGCUCUAGCAACAAUCUUUAUUAUUUCACUGAUUCUAAUGACAAUAACAUUCUCAAUGAUAACAAUAACGUUUUCACCAUUUCAACAGCAGAUAACAACAACAACAACAUUAUGAAUGGCAACGUUAAUAAGUAUGCCAACAAUAGCAUCAACGCCUACAGUAUUAACAACAACAUCAUCAACAACAGCAAAGAGUAUCACCUGAAUUAUUUACCCACGUCACCACCGACAUCUGCCAAAAAAAUUACCCUUCAGCAAGAUGACAUCAACAGCAUCAACAACAACAACAACAUCAUGCCAACCGUAAACAUUACAAUUGAAAAAGAUGAUGUAAUGGAUGAUGAGGAGAAAAUGUUGAAGAAUGAAGAAAUUGAUGAGGACGCCGACGAAGAUAAUGAAAACAACACCAACAAAAUUGUCAAUAUCAAUAAUGGUGUGAGAGUCCUCACUUAUGACAAGCCUAAUUUGAGGAAAAGAAGAAAGAGACAGAUUUCUGAAGCUAGUAGCUGCUUCACAGAUGAUGAUGCCAGUGAAUUUAUAGCUGAUUUAAAGUCCAAUGGAUCUCAACAGCAGAGAUACUUCUGGCAGUACAACGUCCUCUCAAAAGGUCCGAAAGGUCGAAGACUGUGUCACGCCAUCGAGACCAGCGACCCACACGUUCUUGGGGACUUUGAAGAUCCCGUCUUUCACCAAGAGCUCCAAGAUAAAUAUAAACACAAUGGCAAAGCCAGGAGAGGUGAUGGCAAUGACGUUACUCCUAACCCUCAGCGAUUGUUCAACACGGGAGUUGAACUGCAGAAGCUGAACAAGCAGAUAAUGCUGAUGGCACCGUCUAACGACUGGCCGACUGCCCAAAAAAACAAGGUGAUCAGGGAGAGGAACAAGUUAGCGUCGCGGGCCUGCCGUCUCAAGAAGAAGGCGCAACAUGAAGCCAACAAACUCAAACUGCACGGACUCAAACUCGAACAUACUGAUGAAAGUGUUGUCUUCUGUGAAGAGCAUGGUACAUCACCAUCGUCAUCAGAUUGCUGGAGGGGCAAGAAACAACAACAACAACAACCGACGACAGUUGCAGGCAAGACGGCGGAUUAUGUGAACAACGUUCUCGACAAAGUUGCCCUUGGUGACAAGACUGGCGGAAUAAACGCCAAAAAUUGA